AUGGCUGCGAUGACACGCGCCUUGCUGCUGCUGUUCGCACUGGCCAUACGGUCAGCAGGAGGACAGCAACGCGUCCACAACGUCAUCGACUUCCACGCGGCCGGGGACGGCAAGACGGACGAUGCGCAGGUUUCUGAUUCUUGUCACUGUUCAAAAGGCGUUCCUGGGGACAUGGCAAGCGGCUUGCAGCGACGCGGGCGAGCCGGUCAUGGCCGUCCCCGGGGAAGGGCGUUCUUGCUGAGCCAGGUCUCGUUUCAGGGUCCCUGCAAGUCACCGAUAACCGUAAAGGCAGCCAACCUCCUGACCUUCCUCGGCGUCGACCACUUGACGUUGGAUGGGAAUGGCGGGAUCGACGGCCAAGGCGCCAUCUGGUGGGAUUGCUACAACCGGAAGAAAUGCCACGCCCGGCCUAUUUUGCUGGGUUUCGCACGGGUGCAACAAUCUAACGGUGAGAAGGAUACAUCUGAAGGACAGUGCAGACAAGCACAUGACCUUGUUCCAGUGCAGCCAGGAGAUGACUGCGUUUCAGUCCUAUCAUACACCAAAAAUAUUACCGUCACUCAAAGCAGGGUGGGAAGGGUUACGCCAAAAGGAUUCCUUUUUCAGAGCCUCAACAUGACUGAAGUUCAGUAUCCCAUUGUCAUCGACCAGUUCUACUGUCCACAGGGAAAUUGUCCUAUAAAGCAUGGUGGUGUGGCAAUAAGCGACGCAAGAUUUAUCGACAUCCAAGGGACAUCCUCCGAGCAAGAAGCCAUCAGAUUACUGUGCAGCCAGAGUGUCCAUUGCCAAGGCAUCUAUCUCAGCAACAUUAACCUCUCUUGGGUGAACCAUACUUCCCCAGCAAAUGCCACUAUUUUGAAUGCCCAUGGAAGCACUGGAGGCAUGGUGGUACCAAGAAUACAAUUUUCAGAUUUUUUGUAGCUAAUACUCUUCGGUGCUACCACUUACAAGGAGCAUGGAGCUAAAUUUUUGCUCAGCUGAGGUCUUUGUACACAGGUAGUACUAGGCUACGAUAUGAUCCCUCCGAUGGUUCAUGCUACAUCAUGUAUGCAGAUUAUUGGUAUCUAAUCAUAUAAAGUAGGUAACUAGGUAUCAAGGUCUUGGGAGCAGCAAUUCACAAUAUCUCACAUGCUUCCGUUUCA